CCAGAUGUCAGAGGAUCUAGCAAAGCAGCUGGCAAGCUACAAAGCCCAACUACAACAAGUAGAAGCUGCACUGUCUGGAAAUGGAGAAAAUGAAGAUUUGUUAAAACUGAAGAAAGAUUUACAAGAAGUUAUAGAACUAACCAAAGACCUUCUGUCAACUCAACCUUCAGAAACACUUGCAAGUUCGGACAGUUUUGCUUCUACUCAGCCCACUCAUUCAUGGAAAGUAGGAGACAAGUGUAUGGCAAUCUGGAGUGAAGAUGGACAGUGUUAUGAAGCGGAGAUCGAGGAGAUAGACGAAGAAAAUGGCACCGCUGCAAUCACCUUUGCUGGUUAUGGCAAUGCUGAAGUGACUCCACUGUUGAAUCUGAAGCCUGUAGAAGAAGGCCGGAAGGCAAAGGAGGACAGUGGCAACAAACCCAUGUCAAAAAAAGAAAUGAUUGCCCAGCAGCGUGAAUAUAAAAAGAAGAAGGCUUUGAAGAAAGCACAGAGAAUAAAAGAACUUGAGCAGGAAAGAGAGGAUCAGAAGGUGAAAUGGCAACAAUUUAACAACAGAGCGUAUUCUAAAAAUAAAAAGGGCCAGGUAAAGAGGAGUAUUUUUGCUUCACCAGAGAGUGUAACUGGCAAAGUCGGCGUAGGAACUUGUGGAAUUGCUGAUAAACCCAUGACACAAUAUCAAGAUACCUCUAAAUACAAUGUCAGGCAUUUGAUGCCUCAAUAAUAAGAAAAACUGUUGAUUUCAUCUCUGCAGGGCUUUACAUUUACCUUUUUAUCCUUAUAUUUUUCUAAAGGUAAAUUAUUUGUUAGAUGAGUAAGGAGGAUACCAUUGUUGUCAUUGUUUGACUUCAAUAGAGUGAAACUUGAAGAAACUGCAUUUGAUAACUGCUAUUCAUUUAACUUCCUGUUUCUACUACCACAGCUCCUCACUCUGUUGAAUAAGGCAUCUUUUCUAGACAGAUGCUGCUUAAAUUGGCAGUAGGAUGAAUUGUUGAUCUUUCUGAUACCAGCCUCCCCACCACCCAGUGUGGUAUAUGCAGGUUGUAAGUUGUAACUUGGGGUUUUCAGAUGAUUCGAACUUGACAUAUAUUCUAGCAUUUCAUUGGAACAUGAAGGUAAAACACCAAUCUGCUAAAAGGAUCCUUCCAUCUAUUCUUCUACAUUAAAACCUAGCAGUUGUCCUGACAAGCCUAAUGGGAGGUUAAUUUGCAGAUGGCAAAGUUUUGAGGAUUUUCCUUGAAUAACUUGUUUCCUUGCCUAUGGGGAUGUGUGUCAAAUUGAUCCAGAUUUAAUUUCUUUUUCAACUGAGUUUGAGUUUGAUGUAAGAAACCAUGUUUAGGAUGAAAUCCCUUUCUGUGGUGUUUUUGUUUAUUUUGUUUUUGUUUUUCUGUUUUUUUUCUUUAAGGGUAUUGGUACCAGUUUUUGGAUGUGUAAUGUUUAUAUGAGAAAACAGAAAGCUGAUGUAUAGCCCUGUAUACAGUGUAGAUACUAUUUUUGUAAAAAAAAAAAAAAAACCCACGGCUAAAUUAAUGAACAAGAGUACUGAAUAUUUCAUCACAGAGUUUCUUGUAUUUCUUGUGCAUUAAUCUGACCAUAAUUCCCCUGUAUAUUAUGUUCACGUAGCUGAGUUUUUAAUUUUUAUUAACUAGAUCAAGUUGCCAGCAUUUGUUGGUGUAAGUGAAUAUCAUAGUUAUCCCAAGUUGAGUUUAAGCCAAAUAUGCAUAAAAGGGUCUUCCUGUUAAUGGAAGAAGAUGACUUUUAGGAUGUGUGUUAAUUUCAGUUUUGUAUGUUUAACUUUUAUUAAAUAAAAUGUUUUAAAAAAC